GAUUUUUUUCACGCGAGACUUGCAUGUAUCCACGUGAUCUGACCUUUUCUAUACUUUCGCCAUCGCCGGUGAGGGAAGGGCAUUGGAGUCAAACUGAAAUUAUCAAGAUGUCCAACUCAAUAGUAACAGCCUGUCGAACCAACUUGUUCGGCAAUCCCUUUUUCACAAAUGCAAAGUGUGAGAGCCAAGUGAGUCCAACCCGGACUAUUGCAGCGGCGGCUCCAGAGGAGACCAGCUGUGAGUUUGGCUCAUUGAAAUAUUAUGCUCUUUGUGGCUUUGGAGGAUUGUUGAGUUGUGGCCUGACACAUACCGCUGUUGUCCCCCUCGACUUGGUCAAGUGCAGAAUCCAGGUGGAUGCUGCCAAAUAUGGGAACAUUGUCAAAGGUUUCAAAGUCACACUUGCAGAGGAAGGAGUGAGAGCUUUAGGAAAGGGAUGGGCUCCCACACUUGUGGGUUAUUCCAUGCAAGGAGUUGGAAAGUUUGGCUUUUACGAGCUGUUCAAGAUCUUCUACUCCGGAAUGCUUGGGGAGGAAAACACUUACCUGUGGCGAACAAGUUUGUAUCUGGCUGCCAGCGCUUCUGCUGAGUUUUUUGCUGACAUUGCCCUGUGCCCCAUGGAGGCCAUCAAAGUACGUAUUCAGACUCAACCGGGCUGGAGCACCACACUGCGUGAGGGAUUCCCCAGAAUUCUCAAGGAAGAGGGCGUCUCUGGGUUCUACAAAGGCCUUGUUCCACUGUGGGCCCGUCAGAUCCCAUACACAAUGAUGAAGUUUGCUUGCUUUGAACGCACAGUCGAGCUUUUGUACAAGAAUGUGGUACCAAAGCCACGUUCAGAGUGCACCAAGGGAGAGCAGCUUGUUGUCACAUUUGCCGCCGGUUACAUUG